UAUUGGUUUUGUUUAUUUCAGGUGUCAGUGUAUAAAUCCUUGUCUCAUAAUCCAUUUGAAAACCUAGCUUUUGAAGACUGGUAAGUAUAUUAAGACGGAAUCCAUCAGGAAAUUGAGUGAUUUUAAUUUUCAGUGGACAAAACCCUUGUACCAGAAUAAUUAAAAGCAUAUCGUAUUCUUUUUUUUUUUACAUUUUUCAAGGCUAUAGAUGUAAUUAGCUAUCUGUAAUAACACCAAAGAAAAUUUUUUAUGAGAGCAUGAGAAAUUAAAGGUCAAAUUUCACAAAAUGUCAUCUUACAUGUGAAAUUUUUAGAAUUUCAUCUGUGUUGUCACAAUUCUUGUGAACUUUGACAUUCAUUUUCUCAGACUCCCAUGAGAAAUUAUCUUUGGUGUUAUUACAGAUAACUAAUUACAUCACUCUAUAGCCCUUGAAAAGUGUAAAAAAGAAUGCAAUAUUGUUUAAAUUAUUCUGGUACAAGGUUGUCAAUGGAAAAUUAAAAUUACUCAAUUUCCUGGUGUUUUUGUCUUAAGUUUGGAACUUACUACAGAGACCACACAGACUGGUCCAGGUAUCUUCAUUGCACAGGUGUUUCUACUAGCUAGGGAAAUAAAAAUGUGUCUUCAAAUGACACAAUAAUAAUAAUGGAAGUGGUCUGUUUACUGAAAGUCUGUUCUGUCAGGCCAGCAGUUGAGCCAUUGUCCGUGUCAUAAUGACAUGCACAACAAUGCAGCUAUUUCAUGUACCUCACAAGAAUUCAGAAAGUUCUAUUUGCAACUAUCUAAUUUUACUAUGAAUUUUUAGAGAAUGAAAUACCAGUGGAUAAUCUAUAACAUUAGGGAAAACAGCAAAGACUUGAGUUAAAGACAAGAAACCCAUCGAUAAAGCCUAAUGCUAAAGAGGAUUUGGAGAUUAGGCCUGUAGAGGAUAGUACAGAUAACAGUUAAAAAAUGAGAAAAAAAAUGAGAAAAUUUGCAAAGGAUACUACUAUUUUUACUUACAAAUUAAAGCCAUUAAGGCCACAACUUGAGCAGCUCGAAUAUUAAAUUUGGAAACCUUGAUUUUUGUGCAUUGGCAUUUUUGAAAUCACAUUGGGACAAAAUUUGUGAAAAUUAGCUAAUAAUGAAUUUUGGCGAGCCAACUUUUCACACAUUUCUCACAAAACGUGUUGAAGUGUUAACAUGAGAAAGAAAAAGUUGAAUCAGGUAGAAGGAUGACCUGCCUUGCUAAGUCUCCCUUCUGUGAUGGUAGGGUCACCCCUGUAGGUGGGCCAACUUUUCUCAAUAUAAACAGUUUAGCCCUCCCAGCCGGGUCAACUCGUUCAACGUGAGACAAUCAAAGCAUGCGUGAGUGCUGUUGGCUUGGGCAAAUGGGUCAAAUUUUUCCUCAUAUAAAUGUUUGCUAAAGUACAGCUGGGAGGGUGAGCCCUCUACCCUGAACAGGUGUUCUCCUUAAUAAUCAGGGCCUUAGUUGUCUUCUAGGCUUCUGUACAUUGUAUUUAUUGUUUUAUUUUCACUUGUGUGUUACAGGCUAUAUCUUAAUGCUGAUCUAUCAAACAGACGAAUUCUUUUCCUGUGGAGAAAUGAACCCACAGUAAGUGUUGAGGUUCCUUCUGUCAAACCUGUGAGCACCAAAAAUUUUGUUUUCCUAUUCAUGAAUUCAGUGCUUUUGUACCCGUACUUUGGGUCAUGUGAGGUGGGCAAAUGCGCAUUUUGAUAAGUUAGUUGUUUUUGUUUUCUUGUUUUUCAGAUUGUUAUAGGAAGGCACCAGGUUUGUUCCCAGAUUAUUUAAGUUUUCAAUGUGCAACAUUUUUUAACAAGUGCUUUAUCCUGGACUUACACUGAUCAAUUUUCUGGUUGAUUCAUUUAGAAUCCAUGGUUUGAAUGCAGCUUAAAGAAUCUUAAGCAGUGUAGUGUUCACUUGGCAAGGAGGAAAAGUGGAGGAGGAACAGUGUAUCAUGUAAGUGAAUGAAAAGACGAAGCACUAUUAACAAAAAAAAAGCCUGUUUUAAAGGGACCGUAAAAUUAAUUAUCUUGUGUUAUAGAAUGGAUGGCAUUUAUUGAUGUUAAAGCAAACAAACAUUAUAAAAUUAUGACCAAAAGGACGAUUGUAUAGACAGGGUUUCAGCUAGGAUUUGAUCACUGGGGGACAAUUUGUCCCCUUGGCUAAAAUUUUGGGGGACAUUUUCAUUUUUAGGGGGACAGAAAUUUGUACACCCUUCUGCUGAUGCAAAGGGGUUUGUCUUCUUAGCAGGGCUUCUGAUAGGUCUCGGAAGAAAAAGUCAAAUUUCGCGGGAUUUUUAGGGACAAAUUCGUGGAAAAAUCGGCCGAUUUCGUGGGCGUUUUCGGGGCAAACUUCACCGAAAAGCAAUCGGUAAAAAACGGCCGAUUUUGUGGUUAUUUUCAAGGCAAAUUUCGCUAGAAAUCGAUCAGUUUUGCGCUGAUCAGACCUGCCUUUUUAACGUUUUUCUAACAGAGGUCAUCAUUUGCUCUUUCAACAAAAAUACACUCCAGAAAUGAACCAAUGGCAAAGCCUUUAACAUCAUGGCUAGUGCCCAGUUUUUCGCAACAUAAUCUGUUUGCACGUUUCAGUGACGAAGUUCCAAGAUAAAUUUGCAAGUUUACGGCAAGUAAAUAGCCCCUAUAGCUGAAAUAAGUUUCAAAUAUGUUGUACAGACAUGUAUUUGAUAAGAUUUCUACCGAAUUUCGUGGUAUUUUUCGUGUUUUUGUGAAUUUCGCGACCGCGCGAAGAAUCAGCAAAUAUCAGUAGAGCGUGACUGAAACGUAACUUUGGAAUGAACUUUAAAGGUGCGAUAAAAUAUACUUCCACGUUCUGUUUCAGCUUGCAAUUUCUGUACUGAAAUAAAUCUCUUCGUGUGUGCUUCCUUUCGAGUUUUUUCCCUAAAAUUUGAAGGGGACAAAUUGUCCCCUUGGCCGUUUCUUAAAGGGACAAUUCCAAUUGCAGUGCGGGAUUGGCGCAAUGGCGCGGCCUGGCUCAAACCCUGUAUAGACCAUUCUUCAUGCAUUCUUUUGAAUUGAGUACCCUCCCCCCUUGGCCAUAGACAGUUUGUUUUUUAAUUAGGUAUCCAUAUUGAGUGGGUCUGGCUAAUGUCAAAAAUGCUGUGGAACAAAAAUGUCAAACAAAUAGACCAGGUCAUAAACAUCAACAAAUUAAGCAAAUCUUACUUACAAAUUACUUUCUUCCCAUAAAUCCAAUGAGAACUUGUAAAAGAAGAACUCCUCAUUCCAAAACAUAGACAGUCAGUUAUUGACAUCCUAUGACGUCCUAUGGUCAAAAUUCCCGUAAUAAAAAUUGAUUUUAUACGUCUUAUGUCCUUUUUUCUGAUAAUAAGUUCAAUAUAUUUUUUCCACUUUCUUUUUCAAUUCGUUUUUAUAGGACUUAGGGAAUGUCAAUUUAUCAUUCUUUACUCCUCGCCAUCUGUACAACCGAAAAGAGAACUUAGCUCUCAUUGUAAAAGUAUUGCGAGAAAGGUGGAAACUAGAUGUGCAGGCAUCUCCAAGGGAUGACAUUCUUGCUGAUGGAAAAUUCAAAAUAUCCUUUUCAAAUAAUUAAUACUCAUCUCCAGCCAAACCACCUGUAAGCAACCACCCAAAUUGAUGAGAGUAUGGGAAGUGCUUGACUGUUUCAGGGUUUUCACUAAGAAUUCUAGUUGCAGGAAAAAGGCGUAACAUUACAGGAGAAUAUUUUGAAAGAGGCUCCAUGUCUGAAUAAAAGAUAGUCAUAGGCUACUGAACAUUUGCGGGAGAAUUUUGCGUAGUUAAUAGAGAAUUCUCCAAUCUCCGAUGCCUAAUGAACACCCUGCUGUUUGCUAGAGUUUCCAACUACAAAUGUAUAGUGCUUUAAUUGUCUAAAAUAAUUGUUACUGUGGUAUCUUAGAUUGGUGGUCGCACAUGGUGGUUCAACUGUAUUGACAAAUCUAUUCAAGAACAUUCCAACUUUUGUAUGUCUGUAAAAAUGAUGCUGACAAGGACAAUAUUAAUGCCGUAUUUACUUGAAUAAGUGCCGCAGCACUUAUUUAAUUUUCCAAGCCUAAAGCGUGUUGCUUUAUUGAGGGCAGUGCUCAUGAACUUUUUUCUCCCAAAUGCAGCUCUUAUGCAAACUUAGUCGGGGGUAAUGCUCAAUAUAUUAAAAUUGCUUAAGAGGCUCCCAGCAGGGGUAUGGGAACUCUUAUUUCAAAUGGGACCACAAUGUUCUUUGUACCUUAAUUGAUGGUGUAAAAUUGGAGUAUAAGUACUGCAUGCUUACAAGAUGUAGGUGCCAGAGUAGGGUUGUUGUGUUACCUUAUCUCUCCAAAAAGGACACAUUUAAAUAUUUUAUCGGUUUUUUUUGUUUCUUGAGCAAUUGAUUUUUCUCUCAGCAUUGGUACCUUAAGUAAUGACAGUGAAUUUGAGCCAUGCCCAUUAUGAUAAUAUUGUGUCGUUCUAGUUCCCUUUACAAACACUAUUGCCAUUUUUAAUUUUUGUGGAGAGUCACCUUCCCCAAAAGAAAGAAGCUUCAUUUAAGUAGUCAUGCAAGCUGAAUAGAGCUUGUUGUAACCGUUCUUGCCUGGAAUCAAGGUGAGAAAUUACCCUGUAAGUUACUCAAGAUGUGACAUUUUCUCCUUGACAAAGAGUUUACAUAUCAGGUUCUUCAUCAAAGCUUGGUAGACUUGUAGCUUUUCACCACUGCACAUUACUCUUGGAUGCUGACCAAGAAUUACUCAAAUUUCUCCUCCAGCCUUCUUAUGUAAGAAUAUCAGAAUAAACUAUAACACAACAUAAGUAUUAUGAUAAUUCUUCCAGUCAGUUGAAGCUGGCUGCUUCAAAGAACAAGUUCCCUCAGUCUGCAGGACAAAAUCAAUACAGUAGAACCCUGGUAACAUUUCCCUUACAUUUGAACCAAUGUUUGAGUCAUUUUUCAUAAAUAACCCUUUAAGUCCUAAGAGUGACCAAAAUCAAUUUUCUCCUAACAAUUUCAAUAAACAAUAAAGGGGAAAUGUUACAAGAAUUAAUAAACUGAUUAGCUGACAGAAAAUGCUAUGAUCUUCAAACAAAUUCCCUCAACUAAUUUUUAUUGAUAAGGAAAUAUAUGGAGAUCGGGCUGGAGAAUUUGUAUUUGGAUAUUGGAGCUUAAAGGGUUAACAAGUAAUUGGUUAUCUUGAACUGAAUGUACUGAAAUUAAGGUACUGUCUUUGCCCUGCAAACGGCUAGACCUUCACAUGGCCUGGCUGAUCUCUCAAAGUGGUAGUCCUGUCUCCAGUAGGAGAUGUAAAAAUAGUGUCCCCAAUUAGUACUUUUGUGCUAAAAACAAUUUAACAAUCAAAUCAAAUAAAGUACUGUUUUAACAGUUUUGGUGGAAAAACACUUAUGACAUCAAAGUGCUAUACCUUCUGUCCCUUUUACAGGCAGAAAUUAACAGUAAAGCGACACAAAGUGUGCGGUCUGAUGUCAUGAACUUAUCUGCUAAAGAUCCAUCAAUAACCUUUGAGAAUGUCACAGAGGAAAUUGCACUGUCAUUUUGCCAUACUUAUUCUCCUGAAAGAGAUGUUAAGGCAAGAUUUUUGUGACUGUCAUUUUUAUUGGAGCCCACUUUUUUUUGUUUUUAUCUCACCAUUAAUUAUGCUUAAGCAGUAGAUUUGCCUUUUGAAAUACAUGUGGCAGUAGGGAUUGAGAAGUUCUUCAGUCCAGUCCAUCUUCAAAAUUAAAUUUAAUCUUGUUUUUAUGCUUCUUUGGUUCUCUUGUUUUGGUUGUUGAGGUAAUUUCUUCAUGGUGUUACAGGCAGGUGCAAUCACAGCAAUGCAAUACAAAAGAUACAAAAAAGGAAGAUUACCCACACCAAAAACAAGGGCGAACCAUCACCCGUUUCGGCAACACCGAUAAACACCCAUUGUUGUGCUUGUUGUGAUUCCUUGGUUCUGAGGCGGGUUUAUUAUGGUUCUCACAGUCCUUUCUUUCCUUGGUUCUCUCAUGGUUAUCCUCAUUUUUUGCUCAGUUCUUGUGUUUGAUCACCUGGUUGUCAAUGAUGCUUCUCUGGUGUUUGUUGUACUCUUGAGUGGUGUUUUGUGGCUGGUUCUAAUAGCUCUCUUCUUCUUGGGAUGGCUUUGAAUAACAGGCCUUACAACAGUCAAUAAAUCAGCCAAAGCAGAAAAUACCAUAAUACAUGUAAUCUUUAGUUUCUCAUUUGGGUGAUGCUUCAUGUUAACCCGACUUCUGCAAUAUCUUUUCUCAGUUUUGCAUGAUCUGCAUACGCAAUGCAUCAGCUUCACAUAAAAUAAUUUGCAUGGUGUGCACAUGCAGUUCAUGCAAAAAAACAAAAGAUAAUGCAAAAGUGAGGUUUACAUGAAUCCCCAUCCAAAUGGCUAUUAUGGUAUUUUCUGCUUUGGCCAAUUAAUGUUGUUAAUGUCAUCUUUUUUUAAAUCUGCAGGUGAUAGAGAUAGAUCCUUCUAAAGAGGAGCUCUUUCCAGGAAUAACAGCCAUGAAGGAGGAGCUUCAGGUAGUGUUAAAUGCUGUUGCAGUUUGAAGUACCUUGGAUAUGAUCUUGCAUCUUUAAAUGAGGAGCCUUUAGCUAGAAUAUCAAUUGUUAUAAUAUUGAUGGAUCACACAGAUGAUUUUGAACACAGUAAAUUUCACUGCAAAAUAAUUUCAAACAAAAAUUGAAAGUUUACUUAUUUAUUAGCUUUGCCAAUUCUUGGCAGGGUCACUGCAACAGUGGUGGCACCAAUUACGCAGGCCUGUAACAGUUUCUCUGUGUGGGUUCUUUAAUGUCCCACAGAUUUUAUAUGUUCAAGGGUUGUGAGGUGGGGCUUUUGGUUUAUUAUCCUUAUCCAAGAAGAGUAGAAACCAUUUGCAGAUAUGUCUUUACAAAGACAGCACUUUGAACCAAUGGCCUCCCACUUGGCAGCCCAGUGCUUAUCCAACUGAGCUGAUUGGGCAAUGGUUAAUUAUGCAAUGUGAUAGAACUAGUUGCUGAUAGAAACAAAUAAAAAAGGCAGUGCACAUACAAAGAAAGGGUUUGUUGGUGUGUUUGCUGAAAAACAUUUCGUGCAUCCCUGUGGGGAAUGUUCUUGUAGUGGAAGUGUCCCUGAAGUAAUUUUUGGUACUGCUGUGUUUUUUUCAGGAGUGGAAUUGGAUUUAUGGUAAAACACCAAGAUUUAGUGUCACUUUUUCAACAAACCUCUCAUCCAAGGACAUUGUAAGUGGAAUUUAAAACUGCUAUCAUCUUUCUAGCAGAGAGGAACUACUACUUUUUAAGGAUGAUUUUUGGUCACAGGUGAUAAAAAUGGAGAUAAUUAUAUGUAUAUAGCACUAAUCUUGAAAGAGAUAAACCCAAGAUUUUGUGAAACAAAAUAAUUAACAAUUGUCACUGUCACAGACUGUUCCAGUAAAGGUUGAGACUACACCACUAAUAAGUAAUUAAAAGACUAUUAGUUAGAGUAAGGACUACAAGCACCUUUCGGAGUAAUUAAGGAGCACCUCUCAGUGAUUUGCAUGACACGCAACUUCUGUGCAUUACCAUUUUAAGGCCUCACUUCCCUGGCACUACGAGCUGAAGCUUAGACCAACAAAACUCAACAAUAAUAACAAUGCACUGCAGUGGCAGCACAACCUAGGCCAGCAACAUGCCACUUCCGAAAAGAGUAUUGGCAGAUCACAAGAAAAACGGAAGCACUACGAGCUGAAACCUAGGCCAGUAACGUGCUACAGGGGCGGCAGUACAAGCUGAAACCUAAGCCAGUAACACACAAACCUACUUGCCUCCAAAGGGAGGAAGGGAAAAAACCUUUACAACAUAAGCAAGCGUUUGAGGGGAAGAUGUGACUAAUCGUCCUUUACAACACAUUUUAUACCGAGUAGACAGUGCCAAAAGCCUAAGCCAGUGGAUGAGAUUGAACUAUGUUUACCCCAGACCUUACAUCAUAACAUAUGAGACAUGAAUAGAGUAUUCAGCAAAAGUAAGCAUUUAGAAAGGACGAUAUACCUUGUAUCGAGACAAAAUUGUAACAAGAAUAAAACAGCUAUUGGUAAAAACCCAGACAAAGUAAACAAUGGUACAUUUACAGUACCGAACUUUAGAGUCUAAAGGACGAUAGUUACAGCACACGUAAUGCCUUAUGGCGCCAGAGAAGCUAUUUCCCAUUAACCGUGUUUUACAGUUCCUUUGUAAAACUUUCUUCAUAAAUAUUGUUUUAUUUUUAUUUUCGCAGUCUAUUACAGCAACUUCUUAUCAUGGUUUGAUUGAAAAGAUAGAUAUCAAGUGUGAUGACCAUGAAAUGCUUUCCCUCUUUACAGAUCUUGUCAGUAGGUUGAAAGGUGCGUUUUCUUGCUUUCUUUUAUUCUGCAAAUACUGUUCUGUAUUUUCAGGGAAAAGCACAAGUACAUUGUAAAACAUGAAAAUAAUAUCAAGUCAUUGAUCUUGUGACUAAAAUUGAGAUGUAUUUUUUUCUCUCUAAAAUGAUUCAGAGAAUACCAGUGGCUCUAAAUUGGAAAGCCAUAAAUUUUUCAGGAAACUCUUAAAGAUAAAAAAAAGUUUCAAAAUAAUGUAUGGUGAUCAGAUGUGCCAGGAGCCCUUGUUUAGCUACUCAUAUGUUGCUGUCUUUGUUAUACCCUCAUCAAUGCCUGAAUCAAAUACUUUGAUCCAAAAUGCAAGACCAGUGAAAACCAUCAGGGAUCCAAAAUAUAAUAACCAUGUCCUUUUCCUGUCUUUUGGGAAAUGCAUUUGAUUAAUAGAAGCUUUGUCAGCUUUUUUGGUGGUGGAGGGUACUAUUAUAAGAUGUGGUAAAUUUAUGAGAAAGUUGUCCUGGUAAUAAAGGCUCUUUUGAAAUUAUUUCAAGGGGGCGUCUAAUGUGGCUAAAUGUAAUUUAGGCAAAGUUAAAUUGCAAGCCAAUGCAGUCAGCAGUCUCCCCCUUAAGCAUAUGUGAUCUGUGGGGUGACCAUGGGGGCCUUUACUUAUUUUGUGACAUGUUGGCAUUUUGGGUUGAUCUAUGUGGAUCUGGUGUUAAAGAUAUGCCUGAGGCACUCAAGUUCCCGUCCAACUUUUAAGGCACCUAAGCUCAUCUCUUGGCAAUGAGUUUAAACCUAGUUAUUUUGAGCAGCUUAUUCCUUUUGACUAAAACCAAUAAUUUUAUGGAGCUGUCUCCUAGAUUUGAACUUGAAGUUUGCCCUCCUAAAAUAAAAUUUAUUAUUUUAUUGAUGACAUUCAUCCUUUGCUCUCUGAUAUUUUGUUACCUAGGAGUGAAGUUUGAACCUGGUGAUAUAGAGACAGCACUGAUUGCCUACGUCAACUCUUCAUCCUUCACAGCUCUAGAUAGGCAGAUAUGUCAUCAUUUUAUACAGUGGAUUGUGACUGUUUUAUAA